AGCCUCCGUGUUGGUCGAGACUCCCCUUUUUCCCCCAUAAAAACUCCCUCCUGAGGCCUCCUUCGAGGUGGUCGCGACGGGGGUUGUGGAAUUUCUGUGUGGAAUUCUUUCGCGUAUCUCGUUCCUUGUCCCCGUUCAGCUGUUCCCGGCUCUGCGGUUUGGAGCCUGUUCCUCUCUCUGCCACUGUCAGGUUUGCUGCUGCUGUGGAAAUGGGGGAGUAUGGAGUCAUGCCAGGCCAGCGCGUGGCCAUCAUCUGGGACAGCUCCUCACCGGUUGAAGCCCUGAAGGAUUUGGUCGAUAAAAUUCAGACACUGGUGGGACCUGAUAAUCGUGUCUCUGUGGAAAACAUUGACCAGCUGUCUCGGUCAGCUCACAGGGAAUCCAGUUUCGAUGUCAUUCUCUCUGGUGUGGUACCAGGCAGUACAGCACAGCACAGUGCAGAGGUACUGGCAGAAAUAGCUCGGAUACUUAAGCCAGGGGGCCGUGUCCUCCUGAAAGAACCAGUGGUUACAGAAUCAGGAAACAACAGCAGAAUCAAGACAGUGGCCAAACUCCCCACAGCUCUGACUCUCUCUGGGUUGGUGGAAGUGAAAGAGCUGCAAAAGGAAGCAUUGACCCCAGAGGAGGUGCAGUCUGUCCAAAAGCAUUUGGGUUACCAAGGCAAUGACCUUCUCAUUGUUCAGAUAGAAGGCAGGAAGCCCAAUUUUGAAGUGGGAUCCUCAAGUCAGCUUAAACUUUCCUUUGCCAAGAAACCUGGUCCUUCAGGGAAACCCUCUGUGGACCCAGCCGCCGCCAAGCUGUGGACGCUCUCUGCCAGCGAUAUGAAUGAUGAAGAGACGGAUCUUCUGGACUCUGAUGAGCUGUUGGAUUCAGAGGAUUUGAAAAAGCCAGAUCCAUCAUCCCUCAGAGCUCCAUCCUGCAAAGAAAUGGGCAAAAAGAAGGCCUGCAAGAACUGCACAUGUGGCCUGGCUGAAGAGUUGGAGCAGGAGAAGAAGAGCUCUCAGCCCAAAUCUGCCUGUGGAAAUUGCUACCUGGGGGAUGCGUUCCGCUGCGCCAGCUGCCCUUACCUGGGGAUGCCUGCCUUCAAGCCUGGGGAGAAGAUUCUCCUCAAAGAGAACCAGCUCCAUGAUGCUUAACAAAGACUUCUCUGGCUGUCCUGCAAAGGACUCCUCUGCUUCUCCAUCAGUCUGAGGUUCUUCCUGCAGUCCUCCUCAUCCUCUCAAACUCAUGCUCUCCAGCCAGUACUCCUUGCGGGAAGGGACACGGUGGGCACUGACACUGCUGUGAGCUCAUCACUUUUAGUCAACCUGAUAAUCUUUGGUGACAAGUGGUCUCAUAUGUAUUAGACUUCGUGUUACACCUUGUUUUAGCUGCCUUGAUUUAAUACUGGGACGCUGACCAUCACAGCACGUCCCACCAGCAGAGGGAAGUAGAAUCAAAUGUCAGGUUGACCUCGUGCUUGUGGCAGGACAGGUACUUCCCAUGCAUAGGUCGUAUAGCUCUAAUUUGUCUUGAUUUUUCCCUGAUGAAUCAGCAGCUCUGGCUCAGCUUUCAAGAUGACAUUGGGCUCCUGCUCUUUUUGAAAUUUGAACCUGCAUUUCUUACCAAGUGAAGGUGGCUCAGCAGCUCCUGUUGCAAGUCAGGAGCAAUGAGUAUGCUUAGCAGUACGUGCUCUUUGCAGCAUAUGUGAACUCCUUGGUAAAGUCUGGCAGGUGUGAUGAAUUUCCAAGUGUUUUGGGAGCCUGCCCAUGAUAUCCCCUGCCCCCACCUAUUUCCGUCCAAAUAACAAAGAUUCAGUCCCACUGAGAAAACUCAGGCCCCUAAGGCAGGGAACAGAUUAAACAAAAUCUGUCUUGUCCUCCCACUCCUUUCUGUUCAACAGCAACUGGUAACACAAGGACAAACUGAGACUGUCACCUCUCUUGGUGGUUACCAAGUGAGUUUUCUGCAGUGUCCAUUAAGUAAGUACAUAGCAAUAACAAUUUCUAGAUGAUCUGUGGUCACCAUCUUCUGCUCUACAAGAUACUGACUGCUCUUUAUUUAUUUAUUUGCAUCAUUACUGCUAAUGAAGCAUCCGUGCAGGUGUGGGAUGGGGGAGCUGUUCACAUUCUGUGUCGUUCUUGCUUCUCACCCAGGGAGGGAGAGGAGGAAAACCCAAAGCCUGGGCAGGGAUUGCCUUGUUUGGAGCUCUUGCUCUAGAGGAUGUGACUGCUUGUUGUGUUUCCCGAGUUACACACUGAACUCACAGAGGGAGCUGGGGUGAAAGGAUGUUCUGUCCUUGAAAUAAAAGAGACUAAUAGUAAAGCA